AGAUAUUGAACGAGGGGUUGUGGUUGCUUUGUAACUUUAUUUCAAAUUCGCGGGAUUUCCUUUAUUCGUGAGGGAAAAACUUAGGGCUCUUCAUGGAGCUUUUCAAUUGUAGGAAGAUAAUUAUGAUACACGUGUCUUCCGAGAACGCACAAAGAUUCGAAAGAAUUAAACGUAAGGGUGCGGCUUUCCUAUCCAAUUUGUUUAAAUCUAAAAAAUUGGCUCUAGGGAUGAAGAUCGACGCGGAUGAGGAGAUGGAACGUGCCCCGAGAGUCGAAACUCCAGCCUUUAUCACAAAUGUCUGUCGACGAAGUGGGAAUGACAUAGACAAUGUAGUGUCGAGAAUUCCAUCGACCUUAAGUGUGACGGCUGUGGAUGUCGUUGUCGCUUGCCAGCCUUCACCGUCGCAUUCGGUCCUGACAUUGACCCCCGGAAGGACUCGAAACAUCGACCAGGACAUGGAAGCCUUGAGGCUCAGUCGACAGGACAAUCCCUUCCUCCAAGUGCUAGCGAGUCGAGAAAACUUGGUCGAGCCAAUAGAAGAAUCUGAAUCUGAUGAUGCUAUUUUAAUGUCCCAGGAGUUUGGAGAUACAGAUCCACUAACCUUAGCACAAGUACACGAACAUCUAGUGAGAAGCCCUCCACCUGCCUCAUGGUCAAAUACACCAAUGUUCCAUUUUCCACAUCAAACUAAUACUGCUAAAAAUGACUCUAUAGCUCAUUAUAAGAGUCCAUCGAAAACUCCAGCUCGACACAUCAACGAUGUGGAACUCUCAAGAAGUGAUCCACCUACAGACAUCAGAGAUCGACAUUCACAUACGUUCUCUUUGCUGAAUCCUACACCGAUUCGUUCCUUGUCAGAAGUUCGCCGACUGCACAGAUCAGCAGAUGAUAGUGUUCAACUUAUGUCAUCUGAAUGAAUAUUUUUGCGACCACCAUUAACUGGUGAAUUCCUUUAAAUGACUUAUGGGAAACCAUAAGUAAUCACUUCGUGAUGAGGUUGCCUAACAUUUUGCCUUCGGUAUCAAAGGUGAAGAUUCUGGGUAUUUACUACAUAAUAUAUAAUAUAUACCAGGGAAACGGAAACAUCAAUCUCUUUAUAUACAUAUAUACCCACAAACAGAAUCCGUAAAUUUGAUCGCCUUGUAAUUCCGAUUCCGAAAACACUUUAUACAUUACAACAAGUGUUUGACUUGGCAAUACCUUCUUUAUCUUCACGAAGAGCUUAUAUGCUAGUAAAUGCCUUACUGAUUGUGAAUUUAAAAAUCUCGAUUUGUAGAAGACUAUACAAUGUUCUUCGUUCCAUAUUCGAGUAUUAGUCAAGUAUGCGAUUGCUGACGACAAAUAAUAAAAUUCCAUUCACGAUUAAAGUCAUGAUAAAUAGCUAAAAUCAGUAUUUCCGCUAGACUUGGAACAACGACAACAAUGAUAUAACAGAAAAUUCCAUCCGCACUAAAAUAUCUAGAAACGACAAACUAUCAUUUUCAAUAUUGAAAAUACGAUAUUUUAUGUGUAACUAUUUUUCAAUAGCAGUCAAUCAGAAUGUAAAAUUGUUAUAAAUACUCAAGUAUUCAUAACAUUGAAUUGAAAAUGAAUUUUUCAAAUGUGGAUUAUUUGGAUCUUGCUACGAAUGUGCCUCAUUUUUUUGCCAAAAAAAGUUUUACUAUUAAAAAUUAUUUUAAUUAUGUAUAAGAUUGGGAACUUAAUUUCACACGAACUUAUUUUUCUAACAAUUCAAAUUGAAAAUUGUGAAACAUUUGAAAUUAAAUCUUUUUCGAUCUACACUCAACUCCCGAAAUAAGCACACUCAGUUUCCGCUAUUCCUAGAACUUGAGACCUCGGAAUUUGUUGAUCUGGGGAGCGCGGCGCCGAAAGAGAGGAUGAGCUCAGUCAAGCGUGACAAACAGCUCGAGGGUCGAACUCUCAGCGUGUUAGUUGCAUCAGGUUGAGUCAUGCUUCCAAAUUCAUCGGAAAUGAUUUAUGUAGCCCUGCCUGUUUACAUUUUUAAUUCUUUGAGAUAUGCUGAAUUGCAAUGCAAGCCAUGCACAAAACCCUGCUUAUCUCGGGAAGUGAUUGUAUCUUAAAAUGUUAAGGUUUAUGCGAGAUCUUUCUCACAUAAAUUUCUAAUACUGUGGUUUUUUUCUAUUUUAUUAUUGUGGCACGGUUAGAGAGCACGAUGAACUGUAUUUUGAAUUGGCAAGGCCUACUUUGACAAUUAAUAGGUUUACUAUUACCGUGAGAAGUUAUCUUUAAUAGGGACCAUCCAUAAGUUACGUAACAGAUUUUUUUAUGGGUAGAGGGUUUUUUUUGACAAAUGUUAUUUUAUAUUAUAUGGUUUGUGUAUCAUUCAGCAGAAAAAUAUCCAUGAAAAGUUUAUUUUU